CAUAGUCUAAAAAAUUAAUGAAAGUGUUAUAUGUAUGAUCUAAUAUGAAAAUGUCCCUACACAUUUUCCUAUCAAAUCUUAGUUAACAUAACUUCUUUCCAUGUCUUGUCUCUCUCCCAUUAUGUUCUCCCUCUACCCUAUUUAAAUGGACACACACCUAGUACGCUUUUCCUCAACCGUUUCACACUAACCUUAUAGAAUUUUAAACCUCUCACCAAAUAUACCAACAAAAAUGACUAGAAAAUGUUUCGUUUGUUUCAUGUUUCUUGAGGUUGUUUGUUUCAUUGUAAUUGGUGUUCAUGGUGACAAAAAUUUACCUGCUAGGAAAAUUUCUGAUGGAAAUUAUCAUGUAACAAUGAGAAAAUUGCAAUCAUUUAAAACCUCUUUAACAAGACAUGAUUCUUUUGCUUCAACACCAUCAUCUUCUUUUGCACCUUCUCCUUCUUCUCAGCCAGCUGAGGGUAUGAACAAUCCAAGAGUAUACCAUGUGACAUCCUAUGGUGCAGACCCAACAGGCAAUUCAGAUAGCACUGAAGCAUUACUUGCAGCCAUAGCAGAUGCAACCAAUGGUCCAAGUGAAGGAUAUUUGAUGGAAGGCAUCAGUAACCUUGGAGGUGCACAGAUUAAUCUUGAAGGUGGAAAUUAUAUGAUCAGAAGGUCACUCAAGUUACCGGUAUCCGGCGUUGGAAACCUAAUGAUACAUGGAGGAACCAUAAAAGCCUCAAAUGAUUUUCCAAAUGAUGGCUACAUUAUUGAUUUAUCAACCUCUUCAAAUGAAAAUGAUGGGAAAAAUUCACCUUCAUCAUCCUACAAUUUUGAGUACAUAACUCUCAAGGAUCUCUUAUUGGAUUCAAACUUUAGAGGAGGAGGCAUUUCAGUCAUAAAUUCACUCAGAACAAACAUAGACAAUUGUUACAUUACACAUUUCACUACCAAUGGAAUUUUAGUCCAAAGUGGCCAUGAAACAUACAUAAGAAACUCUUUCCUUGGCCAGCACAUAACUGCCGGAGGCGAUAAAAACGAAAGGAAUUUCUCAGGCACAGGAAUAAACAUCCAAGGUAACGAUAAUGCUGUCACCGAUGUUGUAAUUUUCUCUGCUGCUAUAGGAAUCAUGGUAACUGGUCAAGCAAACACAUUUUCUGGUGUACAUUGUUACAAUAAGGCCACUGGAUUCGGUGGUACCGGAAUUUAUUUGAAACUACCUGGUUUAACACAAACAAGGAUUGUGAAUUCAUACAUGGAUUAUACAAGUAUUGUUGCUGAAGAUCCUGUUCAACUUCAUAUUUCUAGUAGUUUCUUCCUUGGUGAUGCCAAUAUUGUGUUGAAAUCUAUGAAAGGUGUUUUAAAUGGUGUUACUAUUGUUGAUAACAUGUUCUCUGGAUCAAAUCAAGGUGUUGAAGUUAUUCAUUUGGAUAAAUCAAAUGGUCCUUUUCAUCAAAUUGAUCAAGUUACUGUUGAUAGGAACGUAGCGACGGGGAUGAAUUUAAAGGCUACUGUCGCGAAAAGAUCGUUGCAAGGGAAUGGUACUUCAUGGAAUGUUGAUUUUAACAACAUUCUUCUUUUUCCUAACCUUAUAAAAAAUGUUCAGUACUCGUUAAGUUCAACAGGUAGCAGUUUUCCUAAUCAUGCUAUCAGAAAUGUGUCGGACAAUCGCGUUGUGAUUGAAACGAAUGAAGCAGUUGCUGCGAAUGUUUUUGUCGCGGUGGAUCAAAGUAUGUCAAGUUGAAGAAGGUUUCAAGCUAGUGAGAUGAAAGUAAGCAUGAUAUAGAAGUCAUGAAUUUGAUUGAAGAGGGAAAUGUGUAUACAUUUGGUUGAGAAGUCUUGUUUACUUUCUUUGGGUAAACUUAGAUUAAAUUUAGUAUCAUACUACACAUUUUCGUAGAUUUAUAAGAAGAUUUAGAUUUCAUUGAAUCACAAAUUGUUCUGUAAGUGAUGCUUAAGUAUUUGAUAGAAGAUAUACUUGUCACAUUAAGAAGAUUUAGAUUUCAUUGAUAUACUUGUCACAUUUAGUUAUUUAGUUAUUAUACACAAAUGAAGGAGAAGAUAUACAUGACAGAAAGAAAGUAAUUCUUUUUAACCAAA